GUAAACACCAGUGAACGUUGAAUGGACAUAACAGAACUCAAGAGGAAGAUUAAGAACUGGGAACAUGAGUUCCAGAAGAAAAACAACCGGCUUCCUUCCAAGUCUGAUGUAAAAGGAAAUCCAGAAAUAUCCAAGCUCUAUUCACUAUACAAAACCACCAAACUGGGCAAGACGGCAGUACCGUCGAAGCCACCACAACCACCUCCACAAUCACCACAUAAACCAAUCCCUGCAUCUCCUGGUAUGGAACUAGGUCCAACGCCACAAGCGAAUGGAAAAGUACUAUCUAUAUUUGACUACAGAAUGACUCCACCCGAAUCAUCACCACUAAAACGAAAAUCAACAAUUACCGAAAUGCUGCCGGCACGUCAGAACAUGGGCCCACCAGAGUCUCCAAUCAAGAAAAUUCAAAUGGAAACACCAACCAAGCCCAAGGUCAGACAGCUCAAUUUUGUAACUCCCACCAAGAAACCCACAAAAAUCAACUUCGAAACUCCCGAUUACCUUUCUCACGGUGUAAGAGCCUUACAACAAGAUCCCACCACACCUGCAUCCGGUAGAAAAUUGAACUUUGCGGCUGUAUUUCUGGUAUCUCCAUCUCCACUUAAAAUUAACCGGUUUGGUAAGAAAUUAGCAGAUGUUUACAAUGCAUCUGUUCAUGAAAUGGAUAUGGAAAUUCCUGAAAUGAGCGAUGAAGAACAUAGUGAAGAGGAUGUGGCUCAAGAAGAUGAGGAUGGAACAAUUACUACUUAUAGGAAAAAGAAGACUCAGAAACGACUGACUAGAAGAAGCAAAUUAGCACCUGUGUUUAUGGACCAAGACGCUCCGCAGAAUGUAAAUGUUCAAGAAGAAAUGACCAAGAUUGAACAACAAGAAAAGAAGAGAUUGGCUUCGUAUAUCAAUUCAGAUGUUGAGUCUGAAGAGGAAGAAAGUAAUGUAUUUGUUGAUACUACUGUCAAGAAAACUAGAAAGCCAGUGGCUGACAAUUACAAGAGAUUGAAGAUUAAUGAUGCAAGAUCACGUCACUUUAAACGAAGAAUGAGACGAUAAAUUAUUUAUGUAAUUAAUGUGGCUAUCAAGUCUUCUGCAUCUUCUUGUGCAAACUGCACUCUAUUCUUGGCGUUGACAAGUGGUUCAGGCGAACUAACAGGAACUUCUGAGCCGGUAGUGAAAUAGACCGGCUUCUGCCACUUAAGCUUGUCAUUUUCGUAAUCCCAAAUUUGGUUGUUGCCAUUAUUAGCUUCUGCGGCUUUUUUCUGCUUUAUAGAUUCUUGUAAUCUAAGCUCUUCUUCAGAUGCUUGCUCCUUCUUAGAUACAUAUUUUUCAACCAUGGUUACUUUACCAUCCUUAAUAGACAUUUCCACAACCCUUUCCCCGCGUAAUUUUCGUUCCUUCUCCUUCUCGGCUUCCUGUCUUAAUCUUUGUUGCUUCUUCAAGUUUAAUGCUCUUUCUUCUGGGGUCAACCACAAUGUAUGUGUGGGCAAUUCAAAAUCAGCAGCAUUGUCAAUUAUUUUCGUUCUUUCUGCCCCGGUUUCUUGGUAGUUCAACAAAGUUUCUAGUCUCUUUUGGGCAUUCUCAAGAUCAGCAUCUGUUUGGGAAGAACCUUCAACUGGAACUUCAAAUUCUUCGUCCUUUAAUGCCUCUUCUUUCUUCUUUAGUUCUUUCUCUGCUUCUUUGAAUGCUCUAUCUUGAGCUUCCCAAAACUUCUCUCCUGUAUUCAUUUUCACAACAAUCUUCUUUUUGGAUUUCGUAGAUGGCAGUUGUGUCAUGGGUGUAGGAGACAACAAUAAGUCUUCUCUUUCCUUAGCCAACAACUUUAUAAUUUCAUCCUUAUCCUUACUAGGUAUAAUAUCAGCACCACAGAAUGAACAAGGUUGUAAUCCUUCUUUAGUACAUAUUAUCUUGCCGCAAUUCAAACAAUUAGGAGCAAUUUCAAAAAGGGGGUGUUUCCUUGCCAUACAAUUACAAUACCUUCUCUCUUUGGGAUUAGUCACGGCCGCUUCAGUUUCUAAAUCAUGCAAUAUCGAUUCAAUUUCUUCUAUAUUGGCCAAAUUUUUCUUUUUGAGUCUGGGACCAGAACCUAUUAUCGUAUCUUCAUUCUUGGACUUUAGUAAUUGAGAAGUAGUUUUAGAUUUAGGGUUAGAUUUGGACAUUGUUGGAUAUAGUAGUAGUACAUGAGUCUUU